UAAAUUUUAACUUCACAUAUUGAACAUGCUGACCAUGUCCCUUGCAAGGAUUAUUGAUGGUGGAGACUAUAUAUUGUUCUCUCUUCACCUUCAUUUUUCUCCUUCUUUAUCUUAGGUCGUCUGGACCAACAUCAGCCUCCGUCCAUCUUGUCCUCGUUCUCCAGCAAGUUGUUCAAUAACCAAAUUUUAAAUUAUCAAAUUUCUUAAUCCUUUGCUUUUCAUUCUCUCCUCCUUUCUAACCAAAAUAUGAAUAGUAUGUUGAAGAGAAGCACAACAAAUAAGGAUAAGAAAGUGAAUACAAAUACAAAGUGUAAUAGAUUUUUGGUGUCUAUCAAUGUCCUUGGGAGCACAGGUCCAGUUAGGUUUGUGGCAAAUGAAGAUGAUUUGGUUUGUGAGGUUAUCAAAACUUCUCUUACAUUGUAUGCUCGUCAAGGUCGUCUUCCUAUUCUUGGAACUAAUGUUGAUAACUUUUUUCUCUACCGUGUUAAUGAUGAAAAACGGGAUGCUCUAAGCCCAAGGGAAAGUAUAGGAUCAAAGCAAGUAAGGCACUUUUUGCUAUGUAAGAAGCAAGGGACUUCACAUUCAUUAUUGCUUAAUGAGAAAACCUCAAGGCAAAGGGAAAAAGAAAAAGGGAGUUGGAAAAGAUGGCUCAACAAAUCAUUGAAUUACAGCAUUCAAUCUCAUUGCAUGCUGUAAUUUUACUGUAAUUCAUCCACCUGUUCUAUAAAUAAUGGAGAUCGGUUCUCACGUCUAUGUUCCGUUGUAAAAGUUGAAAACAUGUAUACAAUUUAUAAACUUUUUCAACACAACCUACCUAGCUAAUUAAUUAAUUGACAUAAAAAAAUUAUCAUCACAA